UACAUUUUGCUGUCAGAGAUAAAAGUGAACACUAGUGUAACAAGGCGAUGCAGCUCCGUCGCAGUUACGCUGGGGCUGGGCAUUUUCGUAACUGAAUCGGCAGUUAUAAAUCGGCACGAAUUGCAAUAGCAAACAGUACUGCACCGCACAUUUGAAAUUCUCCACUGUUUUUUUCUCAUAAGCUAUAGAGAGAAACAAAAUGGUGAAGGCGAAGAAGAAGGCUAUCUCACUUGAAGCUUACGAGCAUUUCCUUGACGAUCCUUCUCAAGACGCCUUAAACAUGAAUCAGCUUAAUGAGGUGAUAUUAAUGCACGGAUUCAAAAAAAUUUACCAGCGUCCUAAGCAUGUGUUGUACGAUGCAUUGAUCACCGUGGAUCUGAUAAAGUUACAGCGGUCUACGCUCAAGGACGAGCUCUCGCCCUACGGUUCCUCAGUAUCGCUCGAUCAGGUGAAGCUAGACCUGGAAGCUCUCGACUGGCCGGAGUGCCAUAUCCAUUCUAUAGAGAGCGUCGGUCAGACAGAACCAGAAUCUAACACUAACAGCAGCGGCAAUUUGUUUUCGAAGGAUGAUGAUGAUCUCGAGCUGCCAGUUUCGUGUUCGAAGAUCAGCGGCAGAAAACGGGGAUCAAAGAGGAUGAAGAGGAGCACGGAGGAGGACGGUGGCGCUGCUUGCUCUAACAAUAUUGCUGUUGCUGCUGACGUGGGCUCGGUUAACUCUUUUUAAGCACAUUACAACCGGAAGCCCAAAUGAUGGAUUAUAAUGGGCUAAGAAUGAUUUGGGCCUAUACAGAUAUUGCUAUAUUGGGCUCGUGAUUAAUGGCCUCAAAAAUAGACUUGUCCAUUGUCAUUACUUGCAGUUGCUCCAACUGUAUCCAACUACAAUAGCAAGAGCAAAAUUCAGUUCCGGCCCAUAAAAAUUGAACUGCGAUGCGAUGGGAAUUAUUAUUAUAUGAUAAAUAUAAAUAACUGCAACUCGGGGAUUAAUGAUAAGAUUGUUUAUAAGUUUAUUUGACAAAAUCACUAACUGGAUUGCAAGUUGCGAUGACAAAAUCACUAAUUGACUUUCUAGUAGAGCUGAAUUUUCCAA